CUUUGUUUGUUUACUGCUCAGUACCAGCCAAAGUCCAACUGUUUCAACUCUGUAGUAUUAAUAUACAAUCUCCCUAAUAGGCGUCUGGUCGAGCGCUACUCAAAUUUGAUUUUUUUUUUUUUGUUGCUAGUCAAUAACAGAGAAAAUGAGUUUCAGAGAAGAAACUGAAGAUGCAAAUUUACGGAAACCAUUCUUGCACACCGGGAGCUGGUAUCGUAUGGGUUCAAGGCAAUCCAGUAUGAUGGGGUCUUCUCAGGUCAUUCGUGAUAGCUCCGUCUCUGUUUUGGCUUGCGUUCUUAUUGUGGCUUUGGGUCCUAUCCAAUUCGGUUUCACCUCUGGUUAUUCAUCACCUACACAAGAGGCAAUCACCGAAGAUCUUGGACUCUCUGUUUCGGAGUUUUCUUGGUUCGGUUCUUUAUCUAAUGUGGGUGCUAUGGUUGGGGCAAUAGCUAGUGGUCAGAUUGCUGAGUAUAUUGGGCGAAAAGGGUCUUUAAUGAUUGCUUCGAUUCCUAAUAUCAUAGGAUGGCUUAUAAUAUCUUUUGCCAAAGAUUCAUCUUUUCUUUACUUGGGGAGAUUGUUGGAAGGUUUUGGUGUAGGAAUUUUCUCUUAUACGGUGCCCGUAUACAUAGCUGAGAUAGCGCCUCAGAACUUGAGAGGGGCCUUGGGUUCAGUGAAUCAGCUCUCUGUCACCAUUGGAAUAAUGCUGGCUUAUUUGCUGGGACUUUUUGUUCAAUGGAGAAUACUUGCAGUACUAGGAAUAUUGCCAUGUUUAAUAUUGAUACCUGGCCUGUUUUUCAUUCCAGAGUCUCCACGGUGGCUGGCAAAAAUGGGUAUGACAGAAGAGUUUGAAUCUUCUUUGCAAGUUUUGCGGGGAUUUGAAACUGAUAUAUCAGUUGAAGUGAAUGAAAUAAAGAGGGCUGUAGCAUCAUCAACCAGAAGAACAACUGUCCGAAUGGCAGAACUCAAACAGAAAAGAUAUUUUCGACCUUUGACGAUUGGAAUUGGACUACUUAUAUUUCAGCAGCUCAGUGGAGUAAAUGCCGUUAUAUUCUAUUCCAGUACUAUUUUUGAAUCUGCCGGGAUCACAUCAGGUAACGUGGCUACCUUAGGGAUAGGAGCUAUUCAGGUCAUUGCUACUGCAGUAGCUACAUGGUUGGUGGACAAAGCAGGCCGUCGGCUUCUUCUUAUUAUUUCCACUGGUGGAAUGACAGCGAGCCUCCUAAUUGUUGCAGCUGCAUUCUAUGCAAAGGAUUUCGUAUCGGAAGAUUCUGGUAUUUAUAGCAUAUUGGGCAUAUUUUCGGUAGUUGGAGUUGUGGCCAUGAUAAUUUUCUUCUCUCUUGGGAUGGGCCCCGUUCCUUGGGUUAUAAUGUCUGAGAUUCUUCCAAUCAAUAUCAAGGGCCUUGGUGGCGUAGCUACUCUUUCCAACUGGAGUGCCUGGCUGGUUACAAUGACUGCAAACUUGCUAUUGACUUGGAGCAGUGGAGGAACCUUUACCAUAUACAUGGUCGUUAGUGCUUUUGCUGUGGCAUUCGUGACCUUUUUGGUCCCUGAGACAAAAGGGAAAGCUCUGGAAGAAAUUCAGCGGUCCUUCAGAUGAUUUCUCAUCUUUUUCAUUUAUAUUGUAUUAUU